GUUAAGGUUUAUAUCAAGCUGCUGGCAUGAGGGUUGUUGUUUUGCCGGGCCCCUCUGGGCGAUGACGAAAGCAGUUUUGUGACUGCAAUGCAGAAUUGCAAAGGAAGGAUCCUGGAGUUGGCUGGUCCGGGCUCCCGGCUCAGUCCCGCAGUGUGCGCGGAGACUGGGGCAGUACAGACAGAACCUGCCGGAGGGGGAGCAAGGGAAGGAAGGGUAAGAAGCGAGAGGCAGCAAGCAAGAGUCCUCACUACUGUGCCCUGCUCAGUCAACCAAUAACUGAAGAUCCGCAGCUCCUCCUGGGCACCUUGUUUGCCGGCUCUGGAUCUGGCUAAGUCAUCUUCCUACGUCUGUGGGCGCUGAGAGAAACGCGCAUCUCCCCAGAACCCUCAGCACCUCAACCCUCCCCAGUCCACUCACACAGCCAGUGAUCUCAACUGCAGGCAUCGAACUCCGUCCUCGGAAUGGCCGCUGGCGAUGCGCCCUUGAGCUUGCUCGGAGCCGAAUCAGUAAAAACCUCCUUGAGUAGAUUUUCGCUGGUAAUUCUGCUGGGUCUCUUUCUAUUUCAUGUUAAUUUAGGGCUUGAAGUUAGCAUUGGAAAGUUGCCAACGAUUAAGGUCGUGAAUGGCAGUAAUGUCAUCCUGCCCUGUACUUUCUCCAGCUGCAAGAACUUCGAUGGUGCUACCUUCUGGUGGAACUUCCAGAGAAAUAGAACAUCACCAGAAAAGAGAAUUAUUCUGAUCAAACUGUCAGGGUUAAGGCCCUCGGUCACUACAGAAGCAGACAGAAUUUCAUUCAUUGGGAACAUUAAAUCAAAGAACAUCUCCCUUUUGCUGAAAGACGUGGAUUUUGACGAUACUGGAUUUUACACUUGUUACUUCAAAAACCCUAUGGAAAAAGAUCAAAAGGCUCAUGCGACUCUGGGGCUCAUUGUUGUCAGCGAAUUGUUACCCGUGGACAACACAGUGACAAUUAUCAUUCUUUCCGUUAUCGGAGGGUUGAUAGGAUUCCUCAUUUUAAUAUUUAUUAUUAAAAAGCUUGUAAUGUUUAUAAUUAAGCAAGUUGGAAAAAAGAAGAAGGAGUGCCUGGUAAACUCCUGCGCCAACACUGAACAUGGACAUUACGGUUCCAAAGCUGACCUCAAAAGCCCAUCAAAGGCGUGAAGAUUGCACCAAAUUUAACAUCAGUGCUUAAAGACAUGGGAUGUGCCUAUUAAUACACUAGCGAGUACACACAUUAUAAGGUAACCCUACCACACUUGCAACAAGAUGGAGGGAGGGGAGGAGGAUACACAAUUUACGCUGGAGAUAUAUGGUGCCAUCAGCAUGAGAUACCACAGAGAUGGGGAUACGUUCGUUCCUGACACAUACUGAACUCCUCUCCCUUCUCAAUCCUCAGUACUGUCAUCUCAAACUCUCAGAUAUUAGGGCAUGCAACUCAUCUGCCUUGCAGCAUGUAUACGCUAUUUGUACAGGGAUUGACACCAGCUGUACAGCACCAGUCUUGUAUCACUUGUGGCCUUUUACUUGAUAUGUUACUGUCAUUUUAAUUUCUUUCCUUUUUGGCUUAGUGUCCUCUAAAGUAUGAUCGGUGUACUUAAUUACAUGCACAACAGUCAGUCAGGAGCUAACUCCUGACUAACCUGAAAUUGGACUGGACAUCUUAAGGCUGUUGUGAACUCUGAGAUGGAUCUCUAAUCUAAUCUAUCGCCAGUUCAAAAUGCACACUAUUGGAAAGAGUAUGAACAAAUGCCUUUUGUGAGGUACCAGGGGCUUCUGAAGCUAGAUUAUUAUCCAAAUUGGUUUCUAGGGAAUUGGGAGUUGUCAUUAUGAUACAGAAAUAACUUCCCAUUCCUUCUGUAAUUUAACUGGAAUUCAUGUACAUCAAGUAGUUGAAUUGAUCAGCCCAGGUGAUCAGUAAUUCCCAUUGAGAGGCAUCUCUGGUAGGCUGAGUAAUCAUUUGCAGGCAGCACAAGUAAGUCUGGCUUGGGAGGAUCUACUCCCAGUUUGCUGCACGACUCUGCACUAGGGAAUCAGGUACGUAACUCAUUGUGGUAAUUACAUGAAUCUGGAGGCAACAACCUUUCAAACUUUGCCUGAUAAUAUUGUAGCAGCUGCAUAGAUUGACAAUGUCAUUUGGGACUUCAUCCAACAAACUGACACAAUAGCACAUCACAACCACGUUAUGGUCCUUAUAACAUGCUGAGCACUUCAAUUAUUCAUGGACAGAAUUCCUUCACUUGCCAGAUCAGAAUUUAUUGCCCAACCCCAAUUGCCCCUAAAUUAACUAUUUUACAGGAUCAUUUCAGUGAACAAUUAUAAUUCAAAAAUAUUAUCCAGAGUCAGACAUAAGCAAGAUUGGAUAAGAAUGAAAAAAAAAGUUAGUGAACUUUAAGACAAUGGAACAGUUACAUCAUGGGACAAAGGCAUUUGGCCCAAGAGGCUGACCUCAUUUCAUACAAUCUCUCACUCCUGUCCCCCAUAACUUGGAUGUCAGUUGCAUUACCUUUUGAAAGCAACAAUUGAAUCUAUCUUCAUCACUCUCUCAAGCGCCAAAUUCCAAUUUGCUGUGUGAAAAAAAAUUGUUCUGAUGUCUCUUCUUUUGCCAUUUCAAGUGAUUAAAUCUGUUUUUUGACUGCCCAUCAAAAAAAAACUAUUUCUCUCAAUCAUCUUCCCCUCACCAUUGAUGAUUUUGAUGGGUUAUUUAACAAUUCAGUAAUUUUGUGAUCAUUCUUACCAUUAGAAAUCUCUCAUUCCAGGUCCAUUUUUAAUAAUAGAACUAAAUUUCAAUUGUUGCAAUGGUGGUGCUUCAACGUGCAUUACUGUUUCUAUGACUAUGCUAUUUUAACCCUAACUUUCUGCAAAAUUGCCCAUUCCUCACAGCUGGUCUGUACCUCAAUAAUAUCCUUUCCUUUCUUCAUAUGAUCCAAUAUCCUUGCCUAAUGUAAAGCUUUAGAGUUUUUCAGUGGAGGCAGGGUUCCACAUUGCUAUAACGCUUGAAAUAAAAAAGUACAUCCUGAUUUUAUUUCUUAAUGGCUAGUUCUAUUUGUAAUAUUGUUCUGGCUUUUGCACACCUAAUGAAAUAGCUUUAUUUAUUUGUUGGUGGGAUAUCUCUGGCAAAGCCCCCAUUGAUCGUCCAUCAUUAAUUGGCCCUGAACUAAGGAGGCAAUCAAGAGUCAAACACAUUAAUGGAUCUGGAAUCAUCUCUAGUCCAGAUCAGGAAAGAAUGGUGGCUUUCCUUCCCCGAAGAAGAUUAGUGAAUUAGUUAUGUUUUUGCAACAAUGCAUAGGGACCCUGAAUUUAAGUUCCCUAGCUGACCCAUGGGAUUUGAACUCUGAAUCAAUGGUCCAAAACUUGGGCUGCCAAUCACACAGUUCAAGUACUACACUUGAUUGUGCCAUAUCAACCCCCUUUGUCAUUUUAAAGACAUUGGUUACAUCAGCCUUCCAAGAUAAAGUCAUAAUAAUGCAAGAUUAUCUCGUUACUGAAUUCUUUAUGGCCAGUAUAAUUUUGGUGAAAGUGCACUUCACCUAUUUCCAAGACCAACAUUGCACUACAAGGAUAUUUGUCCGAUAUCAUGUAUUAGAUGCAAAGCUGUCCUCUCUUCAGACUCUAUUCCCACUGAGAUAAAGUCCUUCAUUCCAUAAACCUCUUUGAUUAUGUCUUGGAUCCAUCCACUUAAGACCAUAAGAUACAGGAGCAGAAUAAGCCAUUUGGUCUAUCGAGUCUGCUCCACCAUUCCAUCAUGGCUAAUUUAUUAAUCCUCUCAAUCCCAUUCUCCUGCCUUCUCCCCAUAAUGCUUUAUACCCUUACUAAUCAAGAACCCAUCAACCUCUGCUUUAAAUAUACCCAAUGACUUGGUCUCCACAGCUGUCUGUGGCAAUGAAUUCCACAGAUUCACCACCCUCUGGUAAAGAAACUCUUCCUCGUUUCUGUUCUAAAUGGACAUCUCUAUUCUGAGGCUGCACCCUCUGAUCCUAGACUCCCCCACUGUACAAACAUUCUCUCCACAGCCACUCUAUCUAGGGCUUUCGAUAUUCAAUAGGUUUCAAUGAGAUCCCUCUCAUUCUUCUAACCUCCAGCGAGUACAGGCCCAGAAACAUCAAACACCCAUACUCCUUUGAUUUAUUCCUAUUCUUCUGGCCUAAUUGAUAUUAUCAAUCUUAUCCUUUCUUUCUCUCCCCCCCCCCGGAAAAAAAAAUCAAUUAAUUACUUUGAAUGCACAAAAUUAAUUUGUUUUAUCAGAACUGAGGGGCAGGAAAAUUAUGUAUUCUCUCACUGUCUCGAGGAGCAUUCAAUAAAAUACUGGGAAAGUUGACUAAUGGCUUCUAAUGUGGAAAAUUGCCACACCACUGCUUAAUGACAUCAUAAUCUUAAUCUUACUAAUUUAGUGCUAGAUGUCGGUCUGGAUUGAUGAAUUGCUGGUGUGGAAAAAAAAACCCAUUUCCACCACCCUAGUCAUUUUCAUUACAUUUGUAUUUAAUCUAUAAUGCAGCCUUCCAAUGAAGCAGGAGUAGUUGUUUUUAGAAUAAAGAUUGCUACAGGAUUGGGCAUUCACUGCUGUACAGUCUGACUGUCUGGCAGUAGCAGUGCCUUGUCAGUUUAUUCAUUGACGCAUCAGCAUUGCUAACGCUGAGUAAAAGAUAUGCUCUUCAGUAUUGGAUAGAUAUUUGCAAAUUGAUAUCAUAGAAGGAAAGCGAUUGACAAAAGGGUCAAAAAUGACAGGAAGAAUACAGCAACUACUUAGGGUUUGGAAUUCAUCGGAAAGGAAGCAAAGGAAGAGAUUCAGUCAUUGUGUUCAAAAGGGAACUGGUUAAAUAUCUGAAGGCAAAGAGUUUACAGAGGUUUGGGGAGAAUCACUAAUCAGCUCCUGAAGAACAGAACUGGUAUGAAUCCAAUAGGCUGGGUAGCAUGUUUCCAUGUUGUAACCAGGCAUGACUUGAUGAAGCUGCAGGAUGAGUUUCUGAAGGUGAAUCUUUCCCAAUCUUUUCAGUUUCUCUGGUGCCCAACACUCCUGGCUUUGAUAAGUAAGCAUACCACAAUGAUUACUACGAUACAGAAACCAUGUCCAGAGAAGGCUCUUAGGGAAUACCUUGUCAGCUGGACACCUGAAAUAAGCAAGCAAGCUCAAGGCAAAAGACUUAUUAGUUAUGGAAUUGCUAAGUCAAAGACUUGACAUUAUUAAUCUUUGAAUUGUUAGGAGAAUGUGGGAUGCUAUCAAAAGGGACUUCUGUAUAGAUGAACCAAUGUGAAUCAGGUGGUCUUCAUCAUUGAAAUCUAACUUGUGUUCCAGACUUUUGACCAGAGAGGAUCAUCUCCUGGUCAAACCACCAAUGAAAUUCAUAGUUCUGAACAACCCAAAAAAAAACAACACAUACUAUAAAACAAUUAGUUUAUUCAUGCCAGGGUGGUUACAUCGAGAGCAGAUAAUGAUGCAACAGUUGAAAGUUCAGCUCACAUGGGCAUGUACCUAGGACAACUGAAUUAAUGAUCCAGUUGUCCGGAAGUUUUCCCAGCUACUUCAACCAAUUAAAACUCAAACUCCAUGGUUGUCAGCCUAUACAGAGUUAGUUACCAAUUCGUGACAUAGAUACAGACUUUUAGCCCUGGGAUCAGAAGGGUUAGUCAUAGUCAUACUUUAUUGAUCCCGGGGGAAAUUGGUUUUUAGGAAGAUGAUGCUGGGGUGGGGAGGGGUAUGGUCAAGUGCACAGUGUGUGGAAAACAGAACCUAACUGAAGAUCUUCUGAAUUUUACACACACUGGCUAUCAGAGAUGGUCACAGCGAUCGUGACAAUCAAUGACCCUCUCUCUAGCAGGAAUCCCCUGGCUGUAGCAUUAGCUUCCUUAAACAUAACAAUGAACCACUUCCAUAAACCAUCAAUUCAGAUACAGCAACAUCUGCGUGGUACAGAGGGUGUUUGAGAAAUGCAUUUCAUUUGGUAUACAAUUGUAUACAAUUGAUAGAAUGCAUCUCUAAGCAUGGACAGAAUGUUGAACAUGCUAAUGCAUGGAAUUAUUGAAAUAGUGGUACUGAAGCAUUUACAGCAAGGCUAGAUAAUCAUAUUGGAGAUGAGAAUAAGAGAAAGUAGGGUGGGCGGUGCUUGCCUGGAGCAUCGGCAUAAAAGAUGAGCAAAUAGUUGUGAAACUGAUGUAAAAUGCAGGGAGUCUUGCAUCUCCUCUGACAGCAUGUCCAGUGAUAUUAAGCAAGAGAUGAUGCCACAAAUGGUUGAAACAAACAGGAAAUAGUGACCUGUAGAAAUAUUGGGAAAUACUCCUCCUCAUUAUCCUUCUGCCUGAUCAUCCAUUUGACCCUUGUCCCAUGUUUAGGGCACAAAUAGACAGGGGAAGAGAAAAAGCUACUGUUUGACAUCACACUGGUUGUGACUGUCACUGGAGCCACACACUACUGUUUUUUUUUUAAAAACCAGACGCUUCUUGGAAAUAAUUCUUGCAUUCAGCUUCCCAGUGAUGAGAACAUGACUUGUGUGCAUUAUCUGUGCCCUACACCAAGAUUUACAGCACCAGAUGUACAGCAUUGUCAAUUACCCUCCACACAGAUCAGCAAAAGAGGUUCACUGCUGCUUUACCAUUGCAAAGUGCAUUAAUAACUUGCAGUAAAUGUAUACUAAAUGAUUAGAACACUGGGAGACUUUGCAUCCAGUUGCAUGUCCAAUGGUAUUAAUCAAAAAAUAAUGCUAUUCAGAAUGGCUCAGAAUAUAAUAUUAGUAGCUCCCUGCUUCUUCACUAUGAAUUUCAAAGGCAGUGCAGUGUGAAAGAUUGCAAAAUUCUAUGUGUGUUUUGUCUCAGUUCUCUUUAUAUGAUGUCAAGUUCUGGGAAUUUUUAUGACAAGAUGUUAGGAACUGGUGAUAUCACUAUGGACUGGAAGCUGAGCAAUCAAGCUCUUCCUAGCAAAGGCUAGUUUCAGCAGUACAGCAAGCAAGAACUGAAGGAUAUCCCCCAACUACAACAUUGGCACCUUCCAGUCUUCAAAUGAUCUACUCACAGGAGAAAAGUUUCAAGUCUGCAAAGAGCAGUACCUUUUCCAUUCCCAUUUCUCCAUCUCCAGAAAACAAAGAGCUUUGACAAUCAGGAAGUGACUUUCAUUAUUGUGAUUGAUAACUUAGGAGUUAGAAAUAAAAUUUACAAAAUAGCCCAUUCAAUUAUUGCUUCCUGUUAAAACAAUGCAUGAACUUUACCCCUCCAUUCAUGUCCCACCAUUCUCGGCAUUUUGUGACUAAAGAUCUCACAUUCAAUCACUGACCACAGAGACUCAGCUCCAUUGUGGGAUGUGUCACCCCUCUCUGGUUGAAUGCGUGUCUCAUGUGACUUGAGCUUUAUGCAUGUUCUUACUCAUGGCGAUCUUCAUGUAGAUCACUGGACAAUUGCUGAAUAACAUGUGAUUCCAAACUGCCUCACAGUUAGCUGUUGUAGCAGCCUGCACCAUCACUGGACUGGAAAUUGUACACACUAUACUGCCCAGCACACCAGGAGUGUGAGUAAUUGCAUAACAUUGAACUCUGCACUUUGCAAGUUUGAACCCAAUAGUGCAUGAUGACCAUUUAUGCAAGGAUAACUGACCACAUAUAAUCUUCUGUAGGAGUUAUGGGUAGAGUCACUGGGAAGACAUAACCAUACCUCUCCCCAGUCUCCUUCAGACUGGCUAAUCUGGCAGAAAAGGCCAUCUCCAUUCCACUCCCUGGAAACUUCACACAGAUUCAGCCUGUGAUUCUGAAGGAACUCCAGCUUGGCUACUGGCAUGUUCCAGUUCUUAUUUCCCUUCCUAAGCUCCAACUAAGCAACCCUCUCCCCAGCUGGGCAAACCUAGUGAUAGUCUUUCAUUAUAACAGUGGCUAGCAUUGCCUCCCAUUGUAUAGACCUUCACUCCUGGUGCAGCAGGGGUCAAAAGGCAAGGUCAUAAGCACAAACCCUGAAGAAACAGCAAUGUCCAAGUUCCUCCUCCAAAACGUGCAGGUGAUGUAAUGACACCAAUUCAUACUGUCAUUCAGCAUUUCAUCAAGCAGUCCUUAAACCCAAAUCCACAAACCACAUUCUCCCAGAGUGUGAUGCCCCUUGGAUUUGGAACAUUUUAUUUGCCUUUUAGUUUAGGAAUGAAUGGGGAAGGGGUAGGAAAGGGACAGGGUAUUAUAGGAUUACUGUCUACUAGAUUAAUGUCACAAAUUGAGUACCAAAAGCCACCAUGUUCUUAUCAACAAAUGUAAUGAUAGUAGACACCGUUUGGGUAGUUAGCAUUCUAAAAAAGCAUCUCUCAAUACAUUUAAAUGGACUGCCCACUAUUCAUGACAGUAUGAUCACAGUGAGAAAUAUCAGCUAAAUUCCAAAUAUGUUCCUCAAAAAUAUAUCCUACUUCAACUGUUUUGAUGAUCACUGCCAUCUUUGAGCUCACUAUGUGAAAAUAUUGUUCAAAUUUCACAUCGACAAUCCAGAAAGGUUUUCUUUCUGCAUUUUUUUUUCUUUGCUUCAUUGCCCUUUUCCGCUAGAGGAAAAAUCUAGUCACACCCUCCCUUUCCAACAGCUGUCUAUUCCUCUGCUAUCCCUUUCCCCCAACUCCCUCUCUAUACCCAAUUCUUCCCUCUCCCCAUCACUACUUUUCUCUCAUAUGCUGUUCUCUCCUCUUUCCUCUAUUCCACUGUACCUUUAGAUCUUUCUCUUCACCUUCCUCUUCCUACUUCUCUCUUCACUUCCUGCUGGUCUUUCUGUACGCCGUUAUUUUCACAUCCCAGCCCACCAUGCCCAUUGCCAAUACUUGUAGAGAGUCAACCCUCCAGCAAGGACUGUGUUUAACUUCCAUGAAUGAGACACAAGCAGGAAAAUAAUAGCCUACCAUUCAAAACUCCUUCUCCAUUAUUUAAUCUUCCACUUACUAACUUUGACUUCACAUUGGUGUAGCCACUAACAGUCUUCUGUGCUCUAUUGCCCUCGUGGGGUGGGGGUGAGGGGGUACGAGGAUGAGGAUGAGGGUGUAAGGUGAUAUAGGUGUUGCAACCAGCUGGAAAUCAAUCCAUGUCCUAAUCUUGUCCUUAGCUUUUGCAGGGAUUCAGUUUCGUUCAUGCAACACAGAACCAAAUAUACAUUCAUUAUGAUUAUCUGUAUUAUUCCUUGCAAUAUUGUAAACAGGAAGCAUCUAAAGUAUAUAGCACUGCCUGAUAAGCUGGCUAAACAAUUUAGUCAAAUGCAAAUCAGUAUGUCCAAACAGCAGCCCAACCUUACUGUUUUUAAGUUUACAAUUUGAACGUGCUCUAGUUCAUAAGAUGCCUGCCCUCUUUGUGCAUAUCAGAGCAACUGAUGAAUCUUUGGCUCUCCACCAGGCACUAUGCCCUGAUGAAGCCCAUUCCCCUGUCAGGUCGUGCAGCAUGAUCCAAUUGAGAAGACUGGCUCAGGAUAAACCAGAAUUGGAGGCAUGACACUCACUGAACCUUCGUGAAACAUAUCAGUUUCCAACUCAAUCACAGAAACCUGGUCAUUGACUAAGGCAGCACAAAAAUCUCAAUACAGAAAGCACUCUGGCAAAGAUCGCGAUGUCGCUGGGAUCUGAAAAGAACAAGACUCAAAUUAGAUUUGAGUAUAAAAGGUUGUAAACCAGGAUUAAAGAGAAAUCAAUGUUCAAGUCAUUGAAGAGACCUUUCAUCCUCAUCCACAAAGCCAAUCAGUGAAUAACUCAAGUGCCACUGGAGAUGAACUCUUCUCAUUGGAAACCAUGAGGAAUUUGUCAGCCACUAUUAUGGAGCAGUUGUAAAUAUUAGAUGCUUCCUGGUAUUGCUUAAUAGCCACCUGAAUGGUAGCCAGAUUGUUAAUGGAAGUGAUGUAACUAUUAUGAGAUCAUCACUAGGGUGGUGUAAUGCUGGUUAACUUAAUCCAGUUCCUUUUGUGAUGCACACAAUUGACCUCGAGUCAUGAUUUGCCAAAGACCUCUGGCAUGAAAAAUAAAGGCAAGAAUCUUUCCAAAAUUCACAGUACCUGUAGCCUGCAAUCUUGCUAAAGGAAAUCUUCACCUCAUCCUUUCUUCCCACAUCAGAGAGGAUCAUAGUUAAUCACUCCAAUUUGAGGUCCUUUGGAAUAACUGGGUGGAGUGUUGUCUGCAUUGUUGGGCCCUGGAGCUAUGGAAGGAGGCUUGAGAUAGGGUGCCCCACUGGGUGCAGGGCAAACAGCAAGAGAAACAGUGACACUGCAAUACCUCUCACCCUAUAGUGCUCUUCACACAUCGCAAGUAAAACAACGUUGAAUGCGGCCAGUGUGAAAUAAGAUGGUGAUACAGGUGUGAGGGGUGGUGGUGACGACAUUCUACGGAUAAUGAGAGAAGAAUUUGGUUUUCAUUUUGCCCUCCCUCUAGAGCUGUCAGUCCGCAGAAUGGGCAAGAUUAGUGCCGGACAUUAGCUUGCAGACCAUCCCUUAGCCAACUGUUAGAGGGUAGGUCAGGUGGGGAAAGAUGGAUGUCACCAGUCAGGACAGGAUGGGAUUGAUUUUAUUGCGGUCAGAACUCUUUUGCAAAGUGAAUUUGAGAAAUGACAAAUCAGUCUGUUGACUUUUAAACAAUUAACACAGGCUGCAUAGUUCACUGCACUUGAACACAAUUGUCCGUACAGCUCAAAGCACAGCACACCAUCACGUUGACAUAUCAAGAAGCCUGGUCAGCAUCCCACCCUGCAUCCGUACCUUGCAGACAUGCAUGCUGCUCUCUGGCACGUGCCACACUGCAGGAAGGAAUGGUCUCAUGUGAUAAAAGGUAGCAGGCAGAUAACUGACUCUCAAGCUCUUAACAAAAUAUGCAUUGCCUUUUUGAUUUAGAUGCCAAAUACAAACUAUGCAUGUGUUGCUAAAGUACAAGGAUUAAUAUCCUGGAUUGUAUUUAAUUUUGUAUGCUGGUAAUAGUUCUAUUUUAUACUGAAAACAAAAUCAGUCACAAAUUAAAUAAAAACACUU